UACUUGAUGCCCUCUGGACAUAUUGCGCUCCCAUGACGACUCUCAAACAGAUGCUCGACCGUUUGGAUCUGGCGCGCUAUCACGAUGCCUUUGUCGACGAGGGCUUCGACACGUGGGAAAUCCUGAUGGACAUUACCGAGUCGGAUCUUGCAUCCAAAGACAGAACACCACUGCCGCUACUCUUGCACUCUGGCUCGCGCGACGAAUGUGCUGGCCAGGAUGACUUCAAGAAAGCCCACACACCACGCUUCCUGCAGCAACGAUCACAAGACUCGCAGGAUCAGGACGCUGCAGCCCGGAACAACAACCCACCGCCGAGGAACAAACGAAAGUACAGGCGGCAUCCCAAAGUAGGUGGGCUGAAGCGCACGUGGGUCGAGACGGAUGCUAAAGCAGUGCAUCCACAGGCAGACGAACACGCGCCAGAGCGACCACCAUCAGCAUAUGUCAUCUUCUCCAAUCGUUCGUGUCGCCCUGGUCUUUGCACGACAAUCCGCGAUCAGCUCAAGGGCCGGGAGCUCUCGUUCACAGAGAUUGCCAAACUGGUAGGCGAGCGGUGGCAGGAACUACAAGCACACGAAAAGGAGCCAUGCGAACGUGAAGCCCAGACGCUCAAAGACAAGUACUACUCGGAGCUGAAGAAGUACAAGAAGACGCCGCAGUACAAGCAGUAUCAGGAUUACUUGGUCGAAUUCAAGGCAAAACACUCAGGCGAAGGCAGCACCCAAGGUCAAGGUCAAGGUCAGGGGCAAGAUGGCGGGCCAGACCCCAAGAAAAUCAAGCUCCGCAGCACUCAAUCGCGUAGCUACGACGAGACGAACGUCGACGGCGACGACGGCGUUGAUGGCAUGGAUGGCGCGGAUAGAGCCGAGGGUGAUGAUGGAAUGGAUGGCAUUGGUGGCGCACACAACCAGGCAGCCUCGCCGUCCGAGCGAGUCCAACAUUCGCCCACCUACAGCUCGCCCACUACCAAAACCUACCGCCAGUUCCCACUCCCCAGAGAGACGUCAGACGCCGGCACCGCCUCGUCCUACUCGACUUGGCCGCCUGCUCAGCAUACCUUCCCUACUUCGACUACCUCCCUCCACAGGCACUCGACCAAUUCCACCCUUCGCUCCGACCACGCCUUAAACUCACCCACCACCUCCCACCCAGCCCUACCGACCCACACCAGUGCGCCAAGCAAACCCACCCCCAAACUCCCCUCUCUCAACCAACUGAACUCCAUCGCCUCGCGCAAGUCCUCCGACACGCCCCUCCUCAACUGGCCUCUGCAUACCACACUACCUCCCCUCGACCCCAGAGCCAUGACUCAACGCUCCGGCCCCAACUCUCUCUACUCUCCGACAACCCACCACGUCAUCCAACCCGCGCCUUCCCUGCAUACUUCGCCCUCCUUGCCCAUGAAGGACUCCCUCGACCUCAAUUCGCAGAACAAGGCUUCGCUGUCUACCCUGCUGCGCGCCACCGAACAUGUCGAACGCGAUAGAGCACAUUCUGCCGAUUCGAGCGUACAUAAACAAAGUCGA